AUAACAUUAUUCCAUAAACAGGUGGGCCUGGCUGAUAAAAUCAACAGUAUUGUGAGAAGUCUUUCUGGUGGCAUGAAGAGGAAAUUGUCUCUUGGAAUUGCAUUGAUUGGCAACAGUAAGGUUAUAGUCCUUGAUGAACCUACUAGUGGAAUGGAUCCAUACUCAAUGCGCUUGACUUGGCAGUUAAUAAAAAAAAUUAAGAAGGGCAGGAUAAUUUUGCUAACUACACAUUCUAUGGAUGAAGCGGAUGAAUUAGGUGACCGGAUAGCGAUCAUGGCCAACGGAUCUCUGAAAUGUUGCGGAAGUUCCCUUUUCUUGAAGCAUCAUUAUGGAGUUGGUUAUACUCUAACCCUAGUGAAGUCAGCUCCCACUGCUUCCAUUGCUAGUGAUAUAGUAUACCGUCAUGUUCCAAAUGCAACAUGUGUAAGCGAGGUUGGAACUGAGAUUUCUUUUAGGCUUCCAAUGGCAUCCUCAUCAGCCUUUGAGAGGAUGUUUAGGGAAAUUGAAGGUUGCAUGAAAAAACCAGUUUCGAACAUGGAAUUGAAUGGUAAAAUUGAAAAAGACAAUAUUGGUAUUGAAAGCUAUGGCAUAUCUGUAACAACCCUGGAAGAGGUAUUUUUAAGAGUUGCAGGAUGUGAUGCUGAUGAGGUUGAAUGCUUUGAAGAAAAUAACCAUUCUCUGAUAUUAGACUCUGUGGCUUUACUUCCUACUAAUGAUGAUGCUUCCACAAAAAUAAGUUGUCUUAAAAUUCUUGGAAAUUAUAAGAGGAUUCCGGGUUUGGUGUCUACCAUGUUGGGAAGAGCUUGUCGAUUAAUUUUUGCUACAUUUUUUAGUUUUAUCAACUUCUUGGGUGUGCAGUGCUGCAGUUGUUGUCUCAUUACUAGGUCAACAUUUUGGCAACAUUUUAAAGCCUUAUUCAUUAAAAGGGCAAUAUCUGCUCGCAGAGAUCACAAAACCAUUGUUUUCCAGCUAAUGAUUCCUACUCUCUUCCUGUUUGUCGGUCUUCUAUUUCUUAAGCUCAAGCCACAUCCUGAUCAGCAAUCGCUGACCCUUUCAACUUCUCACUUUAAUCCUCUAUUGAGUGGUGGUGGUGGGGGAGGUCCAAUUCCAUUUAAUGUUUCUUUGCCAAUUGCUGAAAAGGUAGCACAAAAUGUCAUGGGAGGUUGGAUACAGAGGUUCAAGUCGAGCUCAUACAGAUUCCCUGAUUCAGAAAAAGCAUUGGCUGAUGCAGUGGAAGUAGCGGGACCAACACUGGGACCUGCUCUACUUUCUAUGAGUGAAUAUUUGAUGUCUAGUUUUAAUGAAUCCUACCAAUCUAGGUGUGAAAACUUGAAUUUCUUGCUUCAUUUUUAGAUUUGAUCUGUUUAAACAACUGGCAAUCAAUUGUUAUGAAAAGUUUUAGUGCUAACCAUGCAUAUAGUUGCUGUUAUCCUAAAAUCCAUAAUAGUAUUGGGUAGCCAUGAAAACGAGAUUAUCAUGUCCUUCUUUCAUGUUUCUGUCUCUGAUUUUAUAUAGGGACAAUGAAAAUCUAUUUGAAAAUAGGAGUGCUUAUAUGAAUACAGGACAAGAAAAGUUAAGCUUCUUAGAAUAAAGCUCACUGAUCAUUUUUCCCUAGUUCAACUUUGUUAGUGUAGAUUAUUUAAGAUUGAUGCUUCUAAAGUUUCCCGUUGCUAACAUAAAUGAAGUGUACCAUCUGAGAAAUUUGAGAAAAUCUAAAGUAACGUGUAGGCUAAAUUUUGAUUUAUACUGAAAUUAUUUUUAUCAUAAAUGAAGCCAAUUUUUCCUUAAUGGAAUCUAUGAUUAUAUUUUUUUUUCGUUAAUAUCUAUAUGUGAGUUACUAACAUAUACUUCCUUAUGGAGAUGGUGGGUGAUUUCUCUUAACUUUAAAAGUCAAUAUUAUGCUAAUGCUUUUUCCUUGCUGUCACCGUCCAAAAAUUGAAAUUGUAUUCAUUAUGUAGUUUGCUUUGGUAAAAGCCUGAUGUGAGUCUAUGCUGUGUCCAGAUGUUGGUCCUGUUGUUGUCUGCUUG